CACCCCCCCCCCCCCCCCCCCCCCUUCUCUUCUUUCUCAGUGUUCUAAGCAGUCAGAAACAAUGGAGAGGAAAAGACACAGUCCUAUUUCUUUCACUAUGUUCACAUUGCUACUUGGAGUGCUUGCUCAGAACCUUGUCAUCCCUGUAAUAUCUACCACUGCCAUCAUUGUGGACCAGAACUUCAACUCUCCAGACCCACAUGCAGGAACAGAUUUAUCAAAUUCUCUAUGUUCAUACUGCUCUCCAGAUCAUGGCUCUGGGAGUGGUGGGCACGGAAGCUCACCACACCACUCUCAACAUGGAACACCCUCUCAUCAUGGAUCUACAUCACAUGGAGGUGGUGGAAGUCACAAUCCAACCCCAUCAACUCCCCCAGGUGGUGGAAGCUAUGAUCCAACUCCAUCACCACCCUCAGGUGGUGGUGGAAGUUACAAUCCAACCCCAUCAACUCCUCCAAGUGGUGGAAGCUAUGAUCCAACUCCAUCACCACCCUCAGGUGGUGGUGGAAGUUACAAUCCAACUCCAUCAAGUCCUCCAGUUGGUGGAAGCCAUGAUCCAACUCCUUCACCACCCUCAGGUGGUGGUGGAAGUUACAAUCCAACUCCAUCAACUCCCCCAGGUGGUGGAAGCUAUGAUCCAACCCCAUCACCACCCACAGAUGGUGGAAGUUACAAUCCAACCCCAUCACCACCCUCAGGCAGCAACUGUGGCACACCACCACAUGACCCCUCUACUCCAACACCCUCAGUCCCAACAACACCAUCAACCCCAACAACACCAUCAACCCCAUCAACACCAUCACACCCUCCCUCAGGAGGAGGUGGGUACUAUAACUCACCACCAACUUAUGGAGGUGGUAGCCCCCCAACACCAAUCACUGUGAGCCCACCUUCAACCCCAAUUGACCCCGGCACCCCCACUAUCCCCUCCACACCCCCUUACCUUCCUUCCCCAACUCCCUUCACUGGUACAUGCAACUACUGGAACACUCACCCAGGAAUCAUUUGGGGAUUGCUAGGCUGGUGGGGAACCUUAGGCCAUGCAUUUGGUGUCUCUAGUAUGCCAGGAUUUGGUGCCAGUCUCAGCUUGCCACAAGCACUUUCCAACACUAGAACUGAUGGGCUAGGAGCACUCUACAGAGAAGGGACAGCUUCCUUUCUUAACUCCUUGGUGAACAACAGGUUCCCUUAUACAACCCAGCAAGUCAGAGACAGAUUUAUAGCAUCUCUUGCCUCAAAUAAGGCAGCAGAAGCGCAAGCCAACCUCUUCAAGAUGGCCAAUGAGGGGCGAAUGAAGCCUUGAGCAUGAUAUAGUUAAUUUGGUUUGUGUGUCAGUUUAUUUAGUUAAGAAUAUUAUGUCCAAGACUUAUUCUAAGAGUGUGUUAUUUAGGUUUUUAUCUUGUGUAAUAUGGAUAUCGUUUUACUUUACAAGUUCAUGUUAGCCUUUAUGGUUUCUUAUUUUGUAAUAAAGUUUAUAUAUUGUUACUUCAAUAGUUCAAUUA